AUGUUACAACAGCAUGUGAGCAUAUUACUCGCACAAGCAGAGAAGAUCACAACUGACUUGCAUCAGCUUCUCGUCGUCAACAUGCCGACCGACUCCGAGAAUAUUCAUUUCUUGUACUUGAUACUGACCCACGGUGGAGCGCCCAACAUCAACUGGGCCGCUGUAGCCACCGCCAUGGACCUCAAGUCUGGCGCCGUCUCGAAGCGUUGGUAUCGCCUCAAGCAAUCCAUGGACAAGGGCGAAACACCUGCGGCGUCCAACUACCCGUUCCUCUGGCUCUGCGUCAAACACGAUAAGCGUGAACACCAGCCCAACUGGCCCGACAUCGCUCAUAAAUGCGGCACCACCCCUGGCGCAGCCAGCAAGCGCUACUCCCGCAUGAAGCAGGCCUUUGAGCACAACCCCCCGAUUCCCGCCAAUGAUUCUCCUGGCAAGUCAACCUCGACUGUGAACAAGACGUCUCGCGCUACGCCCAAGAACAACAAGCGAAAUCUUUCUCCAGACAGUGGUAACGACGAUGAAGACCAAGUCCCCGCGACCCCAACCCCGAAGCGCAAGCGCGCGUCCUCGUCUAAGAAGAUGACGCCCGCCACUGAUGACGAGGGAGUUGAGAUUCCGCCCACUAAGAAUGAGUCCGAAGACGAAGACGCUCCUGAAGAAGAGCUGCCCAAGCGCAAGAAGAGCAACUCUGUCACCGUGAAGCCGAAGCCCAAGCCCAAGCCCAAGGGCGACAGCAACGGCAAGCCAAAACUCAUCAAGUGCGAAACCCCAGCCAGCGAUGCAGACGACAACAACGGCCUCGCCACACAUGAAGCCCUCGACAACACCUUGCACCCAGACUUCAAGUCCAAGCCCAAGUCCAAGUUGACCUCCAACAUCACCGCCGCCUACUCCCCCCACACCCCUCCACGUAUCCGCCCUUGCGUCCCGGACUGUACAGCGUGCCACUGUCUAACGCGCCAACUUGCUAACGCGUUGCUGAGCAGGUCGGGCCAGCUGGAGCGAGGAGAGCGAUUAGAGCUCGAGGAGAUAUUGGGUAUGAUUCCUGAGUUUGGGUGUGUGGGUCGAUUGGGUGGGUGA